UGCAAAUGCCUUUCCUCACACAACGCGAUCAUUAAUAUCUGAUACAGGGAUACGACAUGGAAGAUGCGAUGGUCAUCAAUAAGGCGGCGUAUGAUCGCGGUUUAGCGCACGGGAUGAUUUACAAGUCCGAGUUCGUCGACUUGAAGGAUCAGCGAAGUUAUUUCGCUCGCAAUCCAGAAAAACCCGAAUACGCGGAUAUAUUAGAUACUGAUGGCUUGCCCAUAUUAGGUGCUCGUAUCAAAGAAAAUGAUGUAUACUAUUGUUACUAUGACGCAGACCAGUCCAUCUACAUUACCGGAAAAUAUCAUAGCAAGGAAGACGCCUAUAUCGACAAUGUGAAGCUGUGCGGCACGUUGAACAGUAAAAAUGCACGAAGAGCGUGCAUUACCUUCCGUAUUCCCGUGAGUGCCAUUUUUCCACUCAUCCUCACUUUCUGUACAUAAUAGCCAAUUCGAUCACUCACACAUCAGAUUAGAUACA